AUGGCCGUCGGGAAAAACAAGAGAAUCUCUAAGGGUAGGAAAGGAGGAAAGAAGAAGAUUGUUGAUCCUUUCUCCAAGAAGGACUGGUAUGAUGUUAAGGCUCCUUCAAUGUUCACCCACAGAAAUGUGGGCAAGACACUUGUUUCCAGAACGCAGGGUACCAAGAUUGCUUCAGAGGGGCUGAAACACAGAGUUUUCGAGGUUUCUCUUGCUGAUCUUCAGAAUGAUGAGGACAAUGCAUUCAGGAAGAUCCGUCUCAGAGCUGAAGAUGUCCAGGGACGAAAUGUUUUGUGCCAAUUCUGGGGCAUGGACUUCACAACCGACAAGCUCAGGUCGUUGGUUAAAAAGUGGCAGACAUUGAUCGAGGCUCAUGUUGAUGUUAAAACCACCGACAACUUCACUCUGAGGCUUUUCUGCAUCGCCUUCACCAAGAGACGUGCGAACCAGGUCAAGAGAACUUGCUACGCUCAAUCCAGCCAAAUCCGUCAGAUUCGCUUGAAGAUGAGGGAAAUCAUGAUCAAGGAAGCUUCGUCUUGUGACCUUAAGGAGCUUGUUGCCAAGUUCAUCCCCGAGUCUAUUGGCAGAGAGAUUGAGAAAGUAACUCAGGGCAUAUACCCUCUUCAGAAUGUUUUCAUCCGUAAAGUCAAGAUCCUCAAGUCUCCCAAAUUCGACCUUGGAAAGCUCAUGGAGGUUCACGGCGAUUACACAGCAGAGGAUGUUGGUGUGAAGGUAGAUAGGCCCGCCGAAGAGACCGUUGUCGAGGAUCCUUCAGAAGUCAUUGGAGCUUAA